GAAGUCUCCUUCCAACCCACACUGAGCUUCCGGUGUUUAGAGAUCUGAAGAUGCCUGAGCCCGCGAAGUCCGCUCCCGCCCCGAAGAAGGGCUCCAAGAAGGCGGUGACCAAGGCCCAGAAGAAGGACGGCAAGAAGCGCAAGCGCAGCCGCAAGGAGAGCUACUCGGUGUACGUGUACAAGGUGCUGAAGCAGGUGCACCCCGACACGGGCAUCUCGUCCAAGGCCAUGGGCAUCAUGAACUCGUUCGUCAACGACAUCUUCGAGCGCAUCGCGGGCGAGGCGUCGCGCCUGGCGCACUACAACAAGCGCUCGACCAUCACGUCCCGGGAGAUCCAGACGGCCGUGCGCCUGCUGCUGCCCGGGGAGCUGGCCAAGCACGCCGUGUCCGAGGGCACCAAGGCCGUCACCAAGUACACCAGCUCCAAGUGAAGUGGCCGUGCCAAGAGGAGGAGACCUGACGUCUUUUGUGCCACUCAUGAGUGCUGGAUGCUGUUUCUUUGACAAACAAGACAAUGAACGUGGGUGAUGCGAGCAGAUUAAUGACUGUAUUUUUAAAACUUGAGGAUCCACCGAGAAGCCUCUGGCUAAAAAUUCUAUGAAAAAUGUUCACUGUAGAAAUUUGUGAUAAGAAGGACACACAUAAGUAGAAAAUUAAAAUACUCUUAGCAAAAUUAAAAUACUCCUAGCAAAAGAAAGCUUUUAAAUGUUUGUGAAUAUAUAAUGUACAUAUAAUAAAAGUGUCAUGUAAAGCAAAA